UGAAUACUGUUUGACUCGCUGUGAUGUCCAGCAUUUGUUGUUUUCAAUACAGAUCCCAGCGUCUGCAGUAAUUUGCACUUAUAUUCCAUAAUCAUCAUUAUAAAGGUUUCUUGUUGGCUUUCACAUGCAGUAAGACCUGGUGUAAUCUUUAGCGGAGAUCAGAAAGUACUGAAGGGAGUGGAAUUGUGCUUUUGACGGAGGUGCAUCAAAAGCGGCGACUUUUCUGAGGAAAAUGGCUAUUCAUUCAGGCGGCUGGGAAAUAGCAGGGCCUGCGGUUUGUUAACGGAAAAGCGUUGGCUCACAUACUUCCAGGGUUUUCUACAUGCCCCGGCCGGGCGGAUCGAAGAGUAAAGAAUUUGAUUCGGUGAAGGAGAAGAGACCCCCAGCUGGGAAAAAGGAGGAGUGUUUUCCUCAGCCAGGGAGAAAGGGAGAGAGCUUUCUCUGGGCUGGCGGCCAUUACGGUUCGGAGUAAGCCGCCGCCACGGUGGAGACUGUCCGAUGGCGCCUGAGGUGAGGCAUCGGAAAGGGGACGGGGAGCCGGGGGAAGCCUCACCCGAGCGAAGGAGGAGCAUGGCUGCGAAAGCCAGAGGAGAGGGCACGGAGAGGCGCUGGCCAGUGUUGCUGGGGGUCGGGCUGCUCCUGGGUUUGGGCCUGAUCGUCGGCUCGGCGCUGUGGAGGUAUCACCUGGACUGCCAGCUCGCGCUACACCAAAAAGAUGCUCUGAAAUCUCUUGGCAGUGAAGGACUUUUCUUAUUUUCGUCAUUUGACACCAACAGUGACCUGUACCUCAGUCCAGAAGAGUUCAAGCCUCUAGCUGAAAAACUAACAGGUAUUGCCACAGCCCCAGACUUUGAAAGCAGUGAGGGGCCCGAUCCGAAUUCUGAGACACUGACAAUCGAAGCAAAAUUCCAGCCUCUACUGAUGGAAACCAUGACCAAGAGCAAGGAUGGGUUUCUUGGAGUCUCCCAUGGCUCCCUGUCAGGACUGAGAAACUGGAAGUCUGCAGAAAUACUUUCUAGUAUCUUUAGUAGCAGUCAAUUUAAAGCCUUCCUCCCUCAUAAGAAUAAAGUAGAGCUGGGUGAAACAUGGUGGAUGAUUCCUAGUGAACUGACUAUCUUUACAGGGUACCUCUCCAAUAACAGAUUUUACCCUCCUAGGCCACAAGGAAGAGAGGUCCUCAUCCAUAAACUUCUAAGUAUGUUUCAUCCACGGCCAUUUGUGAAGACAAGGUUUGCACCCCAGGGUGCAGUAGCCUGCAUUCGUGCAGUCAGUGACUUCUAUUAUGACAUUGUCUUCAGGAUCCAUGGAGAAUUUCAGCUGAAUGAGCCACCUGACUAUCCCUUUUGGUUCACUCCAGGACAGUUUACUGGACACAUCAUUCUUUCUAAAGAUGCAUCCCAUGUUCGGGAUUUCCAGAUGUACGUUCCUAAUGACAGGUCUCUGAAUGUGGACAUGGAGUGGCUGUAUGGGGCAGGUGAAAAUGGCAACAUGGAAGUCGACAUAGGUUACUUACCUCAGAUGGAGCUCAAGGCUGUGGGUCCAUCUACUCCGAACAUUAUCCUUGAUGAAAAUGGUAAUGUGAUCGACACUGCAGAUGCUUCAGGGGAACCCAUUCAAUUUAUUUUUGAAGAGAUUGUCUGGCAAUCAGAAAUCAGCUUUGAAGAAGCUACCAACAAGUUGGAGACCACCAUGUAUCCAUUUAAGAAGAUUUCAUAUCUUCCUUUUACUGAAGUGUUUGACCGUGCGAAGAUGGAAAAUAAACUUGUGCAUUCCAUAUUACUGUGGGGUGCGCUUGAUGAUCAGUCUUGUUGAGGAUCUGGGCGGACUCUGCGGGAGACUGUUCUCGAGAGUUUGCCUGUCCUCUCACUACUGAAUGAGAGUUUUGUCAGCAGCUGGUCCCUAGUCAAAGAACUGGAGGAUCUGAAGAGAAACCAAGAUAAUGAAGGUUACGCUGUGUUGGCCAGCCUGCAUUUAGAACACUACAACUUUCCUGUAGAAAUGAUGAUUGCUUUACCAAAUGGCACAGUGAUUCACCACAUCAAUGCAAACUACUUCCUGGAUAUCACUUCAAUGAAGCCCGAAGAGGUGGACAAGAGUCUAUUCACUAGUUCAUCUCAUUUUGAAGAUCUCUCAACUACAGCUUAUGUCACAUUUUUGAAGGAAGGGCUGGAAAUUGCCAAACGUUUUGCACUGUCUUAAUUAGUGGAAAUCCAGCUGAAUGAAAUGGGUCCUCCCUCCAUUGUCAGUUUCAGCCAUUUUGUUAUUUGAGUUUUUCACUUUGCACAGAGAACACAACUGCCUCCAUUCCCAAAGCCUCAUUGAGGAGAGUAUCUACUUGUUAGUUCCUCAAGGAACAGCUUCCAUUGAAAAAGCAUCUAUGAUGUAGGGGAAGUGUGUGUGUGUACGUGUGUACGUUGAAAUGUUCCUCUACUGUUCUACAUAGAACAUAGAACAUAGAAGGAUACAGCGCAGUACAGGCCCUUCGGCCCUCGAUGUUGCGCCGACCGAGUCCUACCUAACCUAUACUAGCCCAAUAACUUCCAAAUGCCUAUCCAAUGCCCGCUUAAAUGAACAUAAAGAAGGAGAGUUCACCACUGAUACGGGCAGGGCAUUCCAUGAACUCACAACCCGCUGUGUGAAGAAUCUACCCCUAACAUCUGUCCUAUACCUACCACCCCUUAAUUUAAAGCUAUGUCCCCUAGUAACACCUGACUACAUCCCAAGGUUGAAGGAAGUGAACAGUUCUGAACUGUUGCUGGUUAUUUCUUGAGCUUUAUUAGGGUCUGAUUUGAGAACAUGUCACGAUUAGCGAGGAUUUUUUUAAAAGUAUAAUUCAAUAUGCUGGCCACUGUCACAUGUGGAAAUCUGCCACAGAUAUGUGACAAAUUGCUGUUCAGAUGAAAAACUCGUGGUUCUCUGAAAAAAGCAUCACUUAGCCCCAUUCACCUUUUACAAUUGUGCAGUUUUUAAAAAAAAGAUAUUACUGAUUUUGUUUCUGGUUUCAGAAUCUCUGAUAAGAUGUCACCAUUAAAAAUAUUUUUCUUCAUCUCUCCCUUCAUUCUUUUGAAAAUGAUCUUAAAUUUGUGCCCUAAAGUAAAAAUAGGGAAUAUGUUGCUUCCUAUUAUAUUGAAUUAUCUCUUCACUAUGACAAUUCUGAAAAUCUUUAUUCACACUUCUCCAAGUUUCUCUCCUCAUAAGAAAGUACCAUAAAUCUCCAUGGAAUCACAGCUAAGAAAUCUUCAGCCCACCUUGUCUGUACUGGCUCUCCAAAUGUGCCAUACAACGUCCAUAUUCUACCUUCUCCCCAUAACACUGCACGAUCCUCCUUACAGACUGAUUCUCUUUUAAACAUUUAACGGAACCUGCCUCCACAUUACCACGGUCUUAGUGCAUUCCAGAUUUUAAACACCCACUGCGUGAAAAAUAUGUUUCCUGUCAUUCUUGAAGCUUUCAAGGAUGGGAACAGUUUCUUCCUGUUUACUAUGUCCAUACCCCUUAUGAUUUUGAAUAACAGGAUUAAAUCUGCUCUCAGCCUUUUUUAUUCUCAGGAACACAGGCCUGACUCCUCAAAUCUACUUCAAAAUGGGUUUUCCUCAUCCCUGGAACUAUUUCAUAAUAAAUGUUUAUGAAUUUUUAAAUUGGAAAGUGACUGAAUGUUUCACAUUUUCUGCUGGAGGGAAGCUGACUUUCUGAGGAGGGUCUGCCCCUUUUAAGGAUCAGGUUACCCAUCCCCCAUCUCCCAACCCAAGGCCAGAAACAACAUUUCACAGCAAUCUCCCAUUUCCUGUGUUAACCUUAAACUGUGAACAUGACUUCACUGUUAGGAGGCAGUUCUUGUGUAUUUAGAAUUCUGCACACCUGCUUUAAAACCUGCAGAGGUGCAAAGUUUCAGAAGCCUGCUUCAACUAACUGUGUGCACGUGAUAGGGCCUUUGUCCUUCAGGAUGUUAACUUCCUGUGUAAAAAUUGCCACUUCUGACUUUCAAAACUCUAGUGUUCAUUUAUAAACCAUGUAAAAGCUUUAAGUAUUGAAAGAUAAAUUAUAUGAAGAAAAGCUGUAUUCCCCAGGAGUUACAAUGUCUGCAACCAGAGGACACAUUUGAAAUAACUGGCCAAGGAACCAGUAGGAAAAUCAGAUUGUUUUAAUAUAGGGAUUUUUAAAAAACAUGCAGUGCUUGGUGAGGUGGAAACAGAGUUAAUGAUAGGAUAUAGACAUAAAGGUUAUUGGGAAUGAGGCUAACUGAUCAGCUAUUUUCACACACACUAGGCCUUGUUAUCACAUAGUCUGCCAUUACACACUACCUAAUUGUUUUUCUCUCAUUGGUUCUAUCCCCACCUAUUGUUUAGUCCUUCCUCCCUCUUUCCACCCUAUCUUCUGCAUGUAAACCGAUAUUUUCCUAGCUACAAUCAAUCAGUUCUGAGGAAGGGUCACCGGACCUGAAAUGUUAACUCUGAUUUCUCUGCAAAGAUGCUGCCAGACCUGCUCAACUUUUCCAGCGACAUGUUUGAUUUAUAGCAUCUGCAGUUCUUUCAGGUUUUUAAAGCUGUUUUCACACUGCUGGCUAAAGCAUGAUGAACUGAAAGGCUGUUACCAUUAUUGAUUUGCAUUGCCUCAAAUAGUAAGAAUUUGUUACCUUUGCUUAAAAACUUUUGAAUUGUUAGAUGGAAAAUGAUCAUAGUUCUUUGAGUUCAUCUCCUACUUUCCCAAUAGUUUCAUAAGAUAAUGAUAAAGAAGUAGUGGAUGAUCAGAGAGAUUCUUGAUCAGAAAGGAAAUGAAGGAUUAUGGGUAAAGGCCAAGAAGUGGACAUGAGAAAUGUAAGAUUGGCCAAAUGGUCUAUUGUUCUUAUAACAAUCAAUCAGUCUGAAUCGAUUAGUUAACUACAGCCUCAGACUUGAAGUGAGAAAACCCAAGUCCAAGAUUGACAUUCCUCCCAAAUCUGCUGCAUCUCUAAGUUGUUUCAUUAUUGUAUAGAGUAGCCCACCAUGCUGUAUUUUCAUAAUUAAUUAUUUCCAUCAGCUCCCUAUCAUUGUCAAAACAUGAAAAUGUCAAGCAUGAUGAAAUAACAUUUGAAUGGCUGCUUGCUCUGUUGAUUUCUUUACACCUGUAUGUAAAUGAUGGUCAGCUAUUGUAUCUGAAUACAUCGUAAAACACCGGCAUGUGUUCUGCACAAGGGUGAAAGGGUUGUAGUAUAGGUAUGUGGUUUAUUUUCCUUUGACAAGCCAAGUCCCAGGACCAGCCCAUCAGCUGAUAAUGUGGAGAGCAAGAGGUAGACAUCACUCUUAUGGGAAUGGAUAAGUGUACAGAUAAAAUGCUGUAGAUCUUGAUAAUUUUUAAGAGCUAUUUUCUUAAAUAUCAGUGCAUCAAGUAAUUGGUGAUGCUCUGUAUGACACGUGCUCCAAAUAACUUAAGUCAUAGCUGAAAACUGACUGUCUAUUUGCUGGACCUAUGCAAAGUGGUGUUGUUUGUUUUUGUACUUAGAAUUCUACUUUAUCAACACUACAAAAGGAGUAGCAAGGAAACAGAUCAAUGUACUGUAGUAUGUCACUGACUUUUUUUAUACUCAUUUUUAUAUACUUAUCCUGGAUUUCCAAUCAGCAUUAUUUUUUAUAAACAUGGUGUUAAAACUUAUGCUGGAGAAAAGAUCUAGGUCAAUUUGUAACAAAUGAAGAAUAGUGGAGGGGGCAAGAAUGGUUUUUGUUUUCUGAAGAACUACAUUUUAUGAAGGCUGAAUCUGAAAGCCUGCAAAAGGACUGGGUUCUACCUGAUGUUAUGUUAGUUUUUUUUGAAAAAGAAACCAUUGCCUUAUCUUACCCUCACUGAAACACUGUUGCUUCUUAGUCUUUAAAUCUUACUGGUUUGCAUACAUUGGGUAAAACAGGCAACUGUGGUCACUAGAGGUCAAUUAUUGUAUUAAAAACAUAUAAGGCUUGGUAAUUUAAGACUUGUAUCUUUGCAAUUCAUGUAGUGGCCUAGUCCUAUCUCAGCAGUCUGAUACCAAAUUUAGUGUAUUCAACAUGUUAGAAAAGUACUUAACUAGCCAUCCAGCUGUAUCUUAUGGAUCUGUGUAAUUUUUUUGUCUUCAUGCUUAAAGACCUGAAGAUCUUGAAGUACUAAAAAUGCUUUAUUUUGCUGUGCAAAAUAUCUCCACUGUCUGUUCAAUGAGACACUGGUGGUGUUUUGUAGGUGAGUGGUGAUCAGGAUCUUGAUAAUCAAUGAAUUGUAAAUUUAUAUUGAAGCGUAAAAGCAUCUCACACCUUUCUACCAAUUGACAGCUUAAUUAGUUUUAAGCUGUGAAGUGUCAUUAGCAGUAAUAUAUGAUUCUUGCCUUUUCAGUAGGUAGCUGCUAGCGUUAUGCAACUCAUUUCUACAACCCAAGAUUUUUUGUUCUUUUCAAACACAGUUUUGACCCAUUUAAAACAAUCUCACUUCUCAUGCUUGUUAUUUAGUAUUAGUAAUUAUUUUUAAAAAUAAAAAUGGUUUAAGAAUUGUAGUUUUUGUAGAUUGGUUAGAAUCCUAACAUUCAGCCAAAGAAAGUUUACUACAGCAUGUUGACAGAGUUCAAGUAUCAGCACUCAAAAGGUAAAUAAGUAUUCCAACACUUUUCCUCUCUCCCAACCAGCUGAGAUUCGAACAGUAAUCAAAAUCCAUUUGCUCCAGUAUGUUUAAGAAUGCCAGAAGUUUUGUUUUUAUUUCAGGAGCAUCAUGAUUCAUAAAAUUAAAAGCAGUGACAUGUUUGAGAUGUCACUAAAAGCAACAUGAAGAACAAUUACAGCAAGGUUUUUAAUGAAUCUUAUGUUCAUGCUAAAGUUAAUAGCUUCACCUGUUUAGAUAUAUACAGACACACAAACAUGAACAAUAAACACUUAAUCUUCAAAAGCAUACAUUCCAGUUCUGAGUUAGCAGCAUACAUUAAGGCUAUAAAAUAAACAUGCAUUCAUACCAAUAUAUGCACAGAUUGAUAGACCAAAAGCACUUGGUGCUAGAUUGACCUGGAUUGCUUGUAUCGAGUGUGGGUAAAUUUAUUUGCCCCCAUACUUCCCUUGAAUGUCAGAAUUGCACAAAUAUCUAUUUAAGUCUAUGUUGGAUUAGUUUAGCAGCAAUAUAGUAAUAUUUAAUACCAUUCUGACUAUACUCACAUUGGCAAUGCACGAGUGUCCAAAGUAGCUCUGAAAAAAAAUACAAUUUAAGGGAGCCCUGGGCUAUAAAGCUUUGCUGCUUUUAUACUACCAACUGACUUGAUGCUGCACUUAGUUUGUAAAGUGGUAGCAAAACAUCUCUUGUUCAAGUCUGAACUGGCUCAGUACACAUGCAUUAAAUCAGUGAUAUUUUCAA